AUGUACGUCAUCCUGAAGCGGCAGAUUAUGUUCUACAUGAUGCAGAUCUACAUCCCGUCCAUCCUGUUCGUGGUGGUGUCAUGGGUGUCGUUCCUGAUCCCGGCCGAGAUGGCGCAGGGCCGCAUGCUGCUCACCAUCACCACCAUGCUCACCAUGGUGUCGCUGUUCGCCGCCGGCAGCGAGUACGUCCCCAAGGCCAGCUACGUCAAGGCCAUCGACGUCUGGAUGUGCGUCUGCACCUUCCUCUCCUUCUUCGCCGUCGUCAACUGUCUAGUGGACGUUCGCAUGGAGAGCAUGAUCAUGGGCAACAUGAGGAAGAGGGCGGCGCCCACGUUUGUCCUCACCGGCCAGGCCCGCCGGCAGACGGUAGUCGAGAUCUUCCGCAAGUACGCCAUCGGAGCCAAAGCCAGGGCGCCCGGGGACGGUGAGCCUCAGCACUCGGCUGAGGACGAGGAUGAUCUCAUGGGCAAGAUCCUGCGGUUCUGUCACAAGAUGCAGCGAGGCGCGCUGUACGUUUACCCGAUCGUGUUUAUUUUGUUCAACAUUGUCUACUGGACGGUGUGUUUCUCGCACAUGGAAGGACCAACAGACUCGAUCCACAAGGACGCGUUGGAUAGUGGGAUCAAAGGCACUGAGGUACCCAGAUAA